AUGGAAGCGGAACUUUCGGAGGGUGAAAGCGAAGAGAGGGCUCAAACCAAGAAACAAGAGAUAGAGGAGAGGGCUGAUUGGUCGAACCUCAAAGCUGAUACGUUGAAGCUCAUCGCCGAUCGACUGAUCAUCAAUAUCACCGACUACAUCUGUUUUCGUUGUGUUUGCAAGCCAUGGCGUGCCACCAACCCUCCGAGCCGCUCGCACCCUCCCCAGCUCCCGUGGCUUGUUCUGGGAUGCGAAGAUGACUUCGACCGUCUCGUCUUCUACUCCUUCUCGGACUCGAGAGUCCACAAGAUCAAGCUUCCAACGAUCGGUGACAUGGUCGUCAUCAAUGGCUCGUCCGAUGGAUGGCUCGUCCUCGAAGAUAGACCUUCCUCCAGCAUCUCUCUUCUAAAUCCUCUCACAGGUGUUCAAAUCCAUCUCCCAUCGGCCCCACGUCAACUGAGGAGCACUCAUGACAAUGCCGAUGCGAGCAUCACAAAGGAAUUCAUGCAAGCACUGAUUUGGAAGAUUUCGAUGUCUUCAAACCCACUGGCGACCGAUCAAGAUUGCACCAUGAUUGUUAUCGCCUCUUGGAACCGUGCUCUCCUAUCCAUUCGCUUCGGGCACGACGAUGACUGGAGCUUGCUAGAUGACACGACCGUGUACCUCGAUGUCAUCUACUUCAAAGGAAGCUUUUAUGCUAUAGAUUACACCGCACAAGUCUUCGUGUUCGACUCCCAACUCAAGAAGGUGGCCAUCACCGAGCCUCGACAAGAAUCGACCAACACAUUAUGGCAGUUCGCAGAGUUAUCAGGUGAGCUCGUUGUCCUUGGAAACAUGGUGUCCGAGAACCCUAUCGUCGAUGAGUGGGAAGGCACUAUAACGUUCACGACGGAGAGGAUCGAUAUCUUAAAGUUGAACAUGGAAGGUUUGAUAUCAUCGUCACUAGAGGAGACAAAGAGCUUAGACGACCACAUACUUUUCUUAGGCGUUACUUCGCGAUCUAUCUCACGCCCAGCCGCCCAAUACCCACAUGGAAAACACAACACUAUCUACGUUCAUGAGGUUUAUUCUUGGCACGAUGACGAACUUGCUUGUUGUAGGUCAGGAGUAUAUGACUUAGAGACUGCCUCUUUGAGGCCUCUACCAUAUGACCAUGAUAAUAGUGAAGUAAUAUUGGAUUGCAUCAUAAACAUUUGGCACGAGCCAUGCCUAUUUUAG